ACCACGCAUGCGUCAGUGCGUACCCUCUGACAGAACCUGAAGUUAACCUUCCGUAAACUUACACUGGAUUUUGGCUAUGUUUGCAAGAGAUAAUUAAACAAGUUUGAAGAAGUUUUAUUGAUAAGAGAACCAUUAAAAGAUAUGAAUGAAGACCACGUCGAUCACACUCGAGGUUUUGGUCCUACUGUUCCUCACAUUGAUCCCGUGGCCAGGACCAUCGGUUUUCAAGAUCACCUGUUCUCGUGACAAUUCCAAAAUCGUGAGAAAAGUCAUACAAAACAAGUGGUUACCGGUACUAGAGAGAUUUCAGGUAAAAUUGCCCUUGGAAUGUCCAUUCCACCCAGCGCGCGACAUAUUCGCGCCUCAGCACGCGGCCAAGCUGCAGCAUCGCUCUUCACAAUGGACUUGUGCCUUCUGCGGGAAGUCCUUCUACGAGGAGCGACAUCUAGACACGCACUUCGACCAGCGACACAAGAACCAGAUUAACAAGGCAGAAGACGCAGUAUGUCUCGCGGACUACUGCGACAUAAUGCGCUGCCAAGUGUUGGUGGCGCACGGCUUGCUCCACGGAGGCAGCGGGCCGAGCACGGACAUCGAGCUGUGGCAAGACGUGGAGGCGGCGAAGAAGGCCCUCGCGCCCGCCUCCAGCCGGAGCGUCGCGAAGGUUCCCGGCAAGAGGAGGCACAGACCUAGAGCUCAGUCCCCAGUGCCGGUUGCGGAUUGUCCCAAGACUGAUUCCGAAAAUGACGAUCCAGUGAAAUAUACGGAAGCAGAAGACAACAAGAGAGACGAAGGCGAGAGCGACGUGAACCAAACAGCAGAACUGUGCGACGCGGACACGGUGGAGUCCUCUCUGCCGCCGGACAGUCGGCAGAAGAGGCUAGCCGACCUGCAGGCUGAACGCGCUGCAUGCGACCCUGCGCACUUACAAGGACUCAAGGUUCGCUGUGAAAGAGUAGUGCACUCCUGCAUCGCCACGUUGCUGCUGCACCUGACGCAGCAUCAGUUCACGGAACUAGAAGACGAGAUGCAGCGCGCAGUGUGCUGGUAUCUGAGCUGUGACCGCUACUGGGAGCACACGCCGCCAGCAGCGCGCGCCUUCCCCUGGCCCCUACUGCUGGCGCUCGCUACGGGCCUCGCCCUCGCUCUCUGUAUGUGCUACUACAUCAUCUGGAUUGUGUUCGAUUCAGAAGAAGGCAGCGUUGCUGGCAGUGGGUCAGUGUCCAUGACGUCACACUCGUCGCCCGCGCGGGGCGAGCGACUCGCCGCCGACGACGCGCUCGACGACGAGCACGACGACCACUACAUCUACGUGACCUACCCUCCGGAUCUCAAGCGCCGACUGCUCGAGAGCUGCUACAAUAGAACAACCCGACUUUGAAACAAACGUUCUCCCCAUCGUGCAUGACUACUAGAUUUAUGUUGACUUAGACAUAACCGAAACAUUCUGAUGUAGCCAAAGUAUUGUCAGUGAUAAUAUUCUAUACCUUAUAUCAGUCGAAUUGUUUAAGGAAAAAUGAGAUUCUCUAAAGUUCUUUAAGUUUUGAACUGCAUUUUUGGCACUUUGUGUUAAAAAUGUAGGUGAAUAGUCCAAAUGUUCAGUCAUGAGUAUUAAUUUGGUAAACAAAACAGUAGGUAAUAGGAUAACAGGUAUUUUUCAGUCCAAAAUUCUUUUGAUAUAAGGUACAUAGUGUAAACCAAGUUAACAGCACCUACUAUUUUUAGAAUACCCUAAACCUAAUAGAUAGAGAUAAGGAACUAGUCAAAAAAAUCUCUUUUUAAUUAAAACUUUUUAGCUCCUACUUUUAAAUAAAAUAGAUGUAGGUAGUAUGCUUGAAACGUUGGUGCCUAUUUUUAUAUUUACUUGUAAGUGUAACGUUUUUAACUUAAAAUAAGCGGUCCCAAUAUUUUUUUGUAAAAAAAGAUUGCCUCAGUACAAUUGUAAUGAAAAUAACUAACGAUUUAAAAAGAUUUUAAAACGUAGACUCUAGUUCCCAGCAUUUUAAUACGUAAGAACCAAUACGUGUAGAUUAAGAGAAAACAUAUAGAUCGAUUGUAUGAAUUAUACUCAUAAGUUCACUUGAAUGCACUCUAACGAUUGGAUAUAGUUUAAGGAGCUUUGUUACCUUAUUUGAAAUUAUAUAUAAGACAAAACGAAUGACUCAGUCUUCUUAUGCUCGGUACACGGGGAACGAGGGAAUGACGACGAAUGAACGAAGGAAACGAGUAGGAGCGGCUUUAGGGUGGGUUGGGCGACCGCCCAGGGGCGCCAGGUAUGCGGUAGAUAUCUAUCGCAUAGUAUUACCCGCGGGAUUUACAAAAAACUUACGCUGAUGAAGUCCCGGGCGUUUGCAAGUAAUAAAUAAAUCCAUUUUUGUUCGUAUGGGUUUUAUGGGAGAGGGCAUAGAGGAAUUAGGAGAUGCAUCGCACUCAAAUUCACGAACAAAAUUUGUCGUUUUUGAGGGGGACGAGGUAAACUCAAACAUCGAAAAUAUUUAAUUUCUAUAGAAACAGUUUUUAUAAACGCGUUAGAUCAUAGAUUAUUGAUCUUUGCCAGAGGGGUAACGGUUAGCGAGGCAGGUCCUGUUAUUUAAAUGGUCUAAGGGAGAGGGGCACCGUAAAAAUCUCGCCUAGAGGCGCUGGUAGUGCUAAAGCCGGCAUUGGAAAUGAGGGAUCGAGUGUGGUAUAUACAUUCAAUUAUAAAGAGCUUUCACUAGUACAUAGUAAUAGAUCAAGGGACGCGCGUGUACUGCGCAGAAGAAGACUCAGUUAUGCGAAUUGAGUAGAUCUGACUGCAAAUGACAAUGAAUUUUUAGGACGCAUUUAUUGAUAACUGCGUUAACAACUCGCGUGCUUUGGUACCUGUCAGUAGGCAAUUAGGCGUAUACACCAGUUAUUACAUUUUAAUACCCCUGUGUUAAAUUAGAUGGAUGGAAUGAAGAGAGUAAAAAUUUAAAACAUUGUUGUAAUAUUUUGUGUGAUAAUGAUUAAAUUAAAAAUUCGUCAAGCAGCUUGUUUUAUUAUAAUGGAUUAAAUUGAAGCUAAAAAGUGUGUCAGAUCCGACGCGCGAAUGGAGUUUACUCUUUCAGAUCGACUGGUUAGGGUGUAUGUUGCCUCGCAGCCUAUGUACGUCUCAACACCUACGCCUGAAAAGUGAAAGGGGCGCAGAAUAGGUUGCGCACAAAAAACGUAACGCUGUCAUUCGUUCAUCGAAUUUUACUGCCCAUAUUUUUUAAUACCGGGGGCUUUACAUGAAAAUCGACACUUAAGGAGUAAACUCCAAAAAUAUAUAAUAAAGAAAUAUUCACCAUUUCAUUAUGGUCCUUCAAGCCGGAUAAAAAUCAAAUGUUUGUUCAACCUAGAUUGUAAACAGUGUACUAAGAUAUUAAAAUUUCCAACCUACUAUCAUCUUUAAAACCUACAGCAGGUAUAUGUAACAGCCUUAAGUAACAUAUACCUACUGUAGGGUUAUAAAAAAUCUAGAACUUAGGUACAGCUAGAUAUACAGUUUUUUGUUUGUACUAAUAGGUACAUUGUUGCUAAAAUUUUUGGUGCCUAGUUACAACUUGGAUUUUAAUUAAAAGGUACUAAUAAAAAUGUAAAACGUAAGAUUUGUAUCAUUUGUAGGUAAUUGGUUUUGAUAUCAAUUAGAUCGUACUUCAGGACUCAGGGCCAAUAAAUUUUGUUUCCUAAAAGUAGGUUUAACCAUGAAAUUGUUGCACAAAUUUUACAAUCUUGACGUUAGUAGUUAAGAAUGAGUACCUUUUGAAAAUAAUAUAAAAUUAAGCUAUUACAUAAGUACUUACACGGGACGAAUUAUAAUCACUGUAUUACUUCAAUGAAUUAUAAGGUCGAUGUAAAAAAAAUAUUAAACUAUUCAUUGCAGUUGCAGUGAAAGUAAUGUACCUAAGAACAAUAAUAUUUGUAAAUUCCCUUUGAAAAGUUUGCCUUCAUGAUUACAAUAUGCCAACAGUGUUUUAUUUAAUUUGAACAAUAUAGGUAUUGUAGGAGAAUCCAUCGAUCGUACAUCGUUAGAUGGGCCUCAAAGCGUCGCGGAAUUGUCAUUGGUUUCGCACAUUGAGUACGUCAUCACUCGUAACACAUUUCUCUUUAUUCAUGUUGUGGCUUGUGUUUUUAAACUUCCAAAAUGAACACGAAGGCAUAAUUAAGGGAUUAGGUAAAAUAAAAAUAACAGUAAAUAUUUUUUCAAGUCCACGUCCACUCACAACAUGCGCUUGUUACGUACUAAGAUAAGAUGUGCGUGCACGUCUUUGUGUAAUGACAUAAAAAUGUGCGUUCUUUAGUACGGUAAGGCCCAUCUAACGAUUUAUAUCGAUGGGGGAAUCUGAGAAACAGUUAGGAUAGCUGUCACGAUCUUUUCCUUACAGUUCUCUAUAUCCGAUUUCCCCCCACUUUUUCAACUAGACAAAUCUGUAGUUAUAUCAACCUGCUUAUUGAAAUAAAUGAAUUUUGAUCAUACUCAUUCAAUUUUCAUCUAAGGGGUUGUUCCGGGGCUUUGUGUUUACCCAAAAUCUUGAAAAUUACAAAAAAAAAUGCAAUAUGCGUCCCGGUUAGACUGCAGUACCUGGUUGCUUUCAACAAAAAGUAUACAAAAUGAGGGUUUUGUAAUUGCUUCAAUGAGACUGAAGUAACUCAUUUACGGCGGAUUUCCAUAAUCUAUGUUUAAUCUAUCGAUGAGUUUCUUAGCAAGUAUAGUUACAAAAUCUAUAGGUACAGUUGUUCACACCAGUCAUCAUGGUCCAGUUAGCGGACUUAUUAGCCUAACCCUUAGACCAUUAAGCCUAACUAUUAGAUUUUCCUUAAUUCGAAAGGAGUUCUUGGACUUUUCAUUUUAAAAUAUUAAAAAUAUAUUCAAAUACUGUUAUUUAAAAAUUGUCUAAUGCUAAAAAAAUGUCCACUCUCUCAAUGACAUAAUUAUGAAAGUCACCUUUUCUUUCUGUCCACAAUGCAGAGAUUAAUACGAUAAAUUGGAAAUUAUAAACUUUUUUAUUUUCUUAGUAAACACUAACUGCUGAGUGCUGAGUUUACUGACGGCUCUUUUCAGUAGAAUCUGCCUUCUGAAUCGAUGGUAUUAAUGAAUUAAUUGAGUGUUCAUAAGUUCUUCUACUUAAAAUAAACAAUUUGAAUUAAAGUUUUGCCUUGACCGACAAGUAUUCAGUUUAAAUUAUUAUUACUUAAACUAUGACUAGUUUUCUAUAUUGUCUCUGAUGCUAACAUAUAAAAUUAGUAAAAAAUAGUUUGAACAACUAAAAAACACGCUUAGCCUUUCAAAUAGCUUGUCCUCCAUCUUAGACGUUCACCAUAUUCAAGUCACGUGACUAUUUUGACAGAAAACCCUUUCAUUUGAUAGCCCGCCAUCUUGGGGAGGCCGCCAUAUUGGAUUUGUAAUGAUGUUUCUAAGCUAGUAAUUUUUUGUCAUCAGAACUCAGAGCGUGUGCAGAAUUUUAUUAUAAUCGAAGGCCGGGAAGUGGGUCAAAUUGAGAUUCCAAGAUUUUCCUACAUACAUAGUAUAAGUGAGGCUAUUAAAAGUGUGUUAAUAAAAAUAAAAAAAAAAUACAUACAGCCGAACGUAGAACCUCCUUGUUAUAUUUCACUUUACGCGUCUUUUUACUUACUGAUAUUUUUUUUAAUAUACCAGUAAGUACAUUUUAAUAGGUCACCAGUAAGUUCCAGAUUUAAUUUAAAUAAUAAUUGAAUAGUAAAAGAAAUAUUAAUAUUGUUGCCAAGAAACUCAUCGGCGAAUUAGAGAUAGGUUGUGAAAACGGCAAUUAGUUGUAAACUUAGCUAAUAAAUAACUCA